AAUUCUUUAUUAUCAACACAUUCAUCAACAUGACCAUUCUACCAGUUUAUGUUUCUGGAUAUACACGACAAAAUGGUAAAGGGAUUUACUCGUAUUUAUUCGACACGGAUACUGGUUUGUUAACUAAUCAACAACUAGUAGCCAACAGUGAAGCACCAUCAUUUAUCACCAUUCAUAGAGAAAGUGGGCAACUUAUUGCUGUGAAUGAAACCAAUGAAUAUCAAGGACGACAGGGUACAGGGUAUGUAUCUGCUUAUGCACGCGAUCCUUCAUCUGGUGCAUUACAACUCUUAAACACACAAUCUUCAGAAGGGGCGGAUCCAUGUUACGUGACGGUGGUGCGAGAUUAUUGUUUGGUGAGCAACUAUACUGGAGGCUCUGUGGUGGCGUUCCCUCUCAGUCAUGAUGGGUUGAAACCAGCAAGCAGUGUUAUGGAUUUGGGCAAGAGUGGAAUACAAGCAACACAAGCAAGACCCGACCGACAAGAAGCUCCACAUGCACACGCAGUAGAUGUAGAUCCUAUUGAACAAGCACUUGCCAUUGUGAUGGAUUUGGGUAGUGAUCGUGCUAUUGUGAUUCCUUAUCAUCAUGGUGAAUUGAAACAACCAUUACAAUCAUUUAAAUUCCCCGAUGGUGCUGGUCCUAGGCAUAUGGUGUUUGCUCCCAAUAUGCGCAGCUUUUGUUAUGUACUUGGCGAACUUGACAACAAGGUUUACAUGCUGGAACUCAAUUUGCGCAACGAUGAUGAUCAACGAUUCCAUUUGAUCCAACAGAUCAGUGCUUUACCUCCUGAUGUUGUCUCAUCUUCCGAUAUGCUGGGUGCCGAAAUCAAAAUCACACCCAAUGGCAAGUUCCUCUAUGCUACUAUUCGUGGUCAUGACUCUAUCUCGGCUUUCUACAUCGAUGAUCGUAAUGGCAAGUUAACUUUGAUCGAUAAUCAAUCUACACGAGGUCAACAUCCACGGUACUUUGUCAUUGAUCCAACUGGUCAUUAUCUCUUGUUGGCCAAUCAGUUCUCUAACAACAUAGUGACAUUCAAGAUCGAUCAAGAUUCUGGAAAGUUGUCCCAUAUACAAACCAUCGACCACCCUGAAGCCACGUGUAUCCAAUUCUGGUUGUAGUAGUAUUUAGAAUAGUUAAAUGGUCAUGAUUGUAUCUUUAUUUUUUUUUAUUAUUAUUAUUCACAAUAAAUAUAUAUAUAAAUCAAGAGAGAGAGAGAAAAAUAAU